AUGUCGUUACCAAAAGAUUUCGAAUCCAGUGAAGAAUAUUUCACCGAAUGCCUUAAAUUCUUUGAAGAUUAUCAAUAUUUAUACAACACAUCAAAUGUUGAAAUCCUUUUACAUAAUGUUUUGGAUAAAAUAGAUCUCAACGCUGGAGAUAUCGAUGUUUUUGAUGACAACAUAGAUCUAGCUGCCAUAAGCGAUGAUUAUUUGAUCAAAUUCUUUUCAAAACUGAAGAAACUUCAAGUAUUCCAUAAAGAUUUCCUCCAAGAUGAAGUAGAAUAUAAUAUCAAUGUUCCAUUAAGUAUUAAAAAGAAACACGAGAUAAUGUAUUUGGCUAAAGAGAUAAAUGAAAUAUGCGGAAAUAAUAAUUGUGAUGUGAUAGUAGACUUUGGCUCGGGUUUGGGCUAUUUGGAUCAAUUACUAUUUGAAACAACUAACUACAAAGUUCUGGGCAUCGAAUGUAAUGAAAACCAUUACGUUGGCGCCAAAAAAAGACAACGGAAAUACCACGAAAAUUCUUUACAGAACGUUAAGUAUGUCAAGCACACAAUUAAAGGCGAUUCGCAUGAAAAAAUCAAUUUUUUUUUAACAGAAAAGUUUCAAAAUCUUGACAAGUUUUGUAUCACUGGCCUUCAUGCUUGCGCAGACCUGACCAUUGAUGCAAUUAAUAUUUUUUUUGAAAUGGAAAAGGCAAAAGCGAUUGCUAUAAUGCCAUGCUGUUAUCAUAAAAUGAUUGAAACUAAUGGACAUUUUAAAAACUUUCCGAUAAGUAGUACAUUGAAGAACGUCUACGAAAGAUGGGAGGGAGAUGUGAAAAUGAAUGUACCGUUUUUAAGAUUAGCUGCCCAACCGCCACGCGUAGAAGAAAAAUUACAAGAUUUAGUAUUUAAUUUACUCUCAAGAGCAGUACUGCAAGUUUAUGCUUCUAAACAUAAUUACAAACUUAAGAGAAACAGACGAAAACCUGUCAAAACUAAAACUAUGGACAAUAAUUUCGACCAGUAUGUCCAAAAUUCAAUUGAGAGCGGCUUCACACUUACACCUACCGUACCUUUAAGCGAAGACCAGGAAAAUCCAAGUUUCAACGUAGAAGAUCUUAAAUCAAUGUGGGCUAAUAUAUCAUCUGUAACCUUUAAAAAAGCAGCCAUUUAUAUUCUGUUACAAAAUCAUCUACAACCAGUGAUGGAAAAUUUUGUUUUAUAUGAUAGAUUAGUUUAUUUAAAAGAAAAUGGUGUAAAUAAUUGUAGCUUUAAGAAAAUACUAAACGAAAAGAUUUCACCACGAUGUUUGGCAUUAGUAGCUUAUAAAAGUUAG